AUGAUGUACUCGAGCUCUCCACUACCGCUAUUCUUACUGUUGCUAUCAAGUCAAGUGUAUGCCUUUUCGGUGCUCCCACUGGAUCGGCAACCACCAUCACCAUCAUCUACUAGAACCAAGUUUGCUCGACAUUCCUGGAUGAUCUUGUCGAGUGCCGUGGCCGAUGGAGAUUCCGCUGUUGUAAGAGACGACGACAACAGCAAGGCUAAAAAGAACAACAAUAUCCAAUCACCGCCGUCGUCGUCUCUGUCCAUGCCGUGGUCCGAUUUUCAUCAUUACGCGCUACACGACAAUUUACCCAAAUACAUUCGAAUCUUGCCCGGAGAAACACCCCACACGUGUGCUCUCUGGAGAACCAUGCUACAAGACGUUCCCGAACUCAGCGGAUAUCCGAUCGAGUUUUUGCAACAACGAUAUGGCAUGGCGCCGCCUACACAACAAGAAGAAGAAAGCACUGACAACAAACCAUCCCAAUCAAAGAAGCAAGCACCCGAAAUGUUGCCAUUUUUGGACAAUUUCUACUUUGAACCAUCCGGAGGACUUUCGGGACAGGUAUACGGCGUUCCCGGUUUGAAAGAUGGAACCCGCAUUGAAACGUCCUCCGUGGGACAGGUGGAAGUUACCAUCCCAUUGGGAUACGUCCUCACACAAGAGGCCGGUGUGGCAUAUGAAUUGGGAAACCCUCUCCCGACAACAGAAUCGACAUCCAACGAGGCCUUUACAGAUGGAAUGGCGCGGACCGCCUCUUCCUUGACGCAACAAGCAUCCGAUGCCGUCGUACAAAAUUCGGCCAACCUACUGGCAACCACGACGAAAACUGCAGCAACCAUGGACGACGAAGAUUCUGCCUUUCUGGUCAAGCUUGGUGCUACCACGGGAAUUGUCUUGGCCGGUGCCACGGCCGUCAGUAUGCUCUCGCAUCAUUUGACGGUCAAUGUAUUUUGGGUGUAA